CUUAUAAGGCUGUGCAAGCCGGCUAAUGAGCACACUCUGCUUAAACAAGCCUGGAAGCAGAGGAGUGGCAGGGUCAGGGUGCAAGGUUUUGAGGAGCAGGGAUGCAGAACAGAGCUGGCCUAAUUCUCGGUGUGCUGGCCUUGUCUUCAGGGUUCCUGAUGAUCUGCCUGGGGGCUAUUUUCAUCUCGGCAGACUCCAUACUUGACUGUCAGCGGAACCUGAUCAUGGCCUACUUGCUUCUGCCUCUAGGGUUUGUGAUCCUUCUGAGUGGGCUUUUCUGGAGCACCUACCGCCAAGCAAGUAACAACAAAGGGAUGUUCAGCCACGUGCUCAGACAGUACCUUGCUCAGAGAGACCUGCCCGUGGACACAGUGGACAGGCCAGACUUUUACCCUCCAGCUUAUGACGAGAGCUUGGAUGCUGAGAAACAGAUUCAUGUUGCAGAGGGACAGGCCUUGGAUGUUCCUCCACCACUGUACACAGAGACAGGACUCGAACUUGGGGCCGAAAAUAAUGCUCACCCUGAGGCCCCACCACCCUACCAUGAAUCUAUAGCAGACAUCAGAAGAUGCUGAGAGGCCCAGCCUGGUGUUGAAGGCAGGCACUGCUCACUGCUUACCAGAGCUCAGGACACACCCUGUGAAAGGAAAGCUGCCCAGGGACUGGGAAGGAAAGCAGUGCUAGGGGAUCCUGCAUGAAAGCUCCUCAUACUCUGUACCAUGGGAUUUUAAGGAUGUGCUUAGCUAUGCAAGGACAGUUGUGGGGCCCUGCUAAAGUGUGGUUAGCCCCAAACAGAUAUUUCAGAGGAGUCACCCUAGGAAAGCCUGGGGACCACAUUGGUGUAAGUAUGAACCUGCUCACCAAGAGACUGGAUGUCUGUUUCUCAUUACCUCAGCUCCAACCAGGAGGAACACUUGCUGCUUGCUGGAACAGCCACCGCCCUUAUGCACAUUACCUAGGAAUCUGAAGGGAGGUGUGCUCAGAGACUGGCAACUCCAUUAUCCAAGUGGAUGACAUCACCAGAAUGACACAGUGAUUCCCAUUGUGACUUGGAACCCAUGAAUGUUAUUUUUGUCGCCUUUUAUUUUAAUGAUGUGUGCUUUUUGUUUUAUGCAAGUGACUGAAGCAUUUGUUUUCAGAAUGAUUUGAAUACACAAUAGUACAUGAGUCAUUUCAGAAGGAAGGUCUCAUGCAAGCAGAUAUGAUAAAAAAAAUCCUUAUAAACCCAAACUGAAUGAGUACUUAAUUCAUAAUGCACAGAACUCAGGAGGUGGGGGAGAAUUUUACAAGCCACAGAUGGUAUCCAUGAUGCAAUCUGUAUAUAUAUAUAUAUAUAUAUGUACAUAUAUACACACAUAUGUAUUCUAAAAAUGCUUAUAUAUAUUUCUCUUAAUUCGCUUGUAAAUCUUCAGGAUUUUGGAAAAUGAAAACUUUAAUGACCUUUAUCAUUAGGCAUAUUCCUUAGAUCUCAAGAU